AAUUCUGUGUUAAAAGGGGGCCGAACAGAUACGGCCCCCAGGGUUGGGGCAAGCCUAGGGCGGGUUGCGAGUGAAAUCGGCCGUUGUUUGCGGUGUCGCCGGGAUCCCAACUCGGGCCUGGUUUCGCUGAAUUUCGCAUGGCCUUUAGCUCCUACGGCCCGGGUGAGAGUUAUCAUGUCCCUCCCUACCUGGAAGAGCCUUACGGUGGCUACCCACACUACGGCGCGCACCCGGGCGCCCACCCCGCGGGGGCGCACCCGGGCGCCCACCCGGGCGCCCAUCCGGGCGCACACCCAGGAGGCUCUGCUUACUCGCACCCCAAUGGCUACAACAAGGGGCCUUUAACGGUGGUUGCGAAUUCGUCUGUCCUUUCUGGCGACAGUAUGAUGUAUCCGUGGUACAGGGUUGCCUUCUUGGGAGGCAUCGAUCUACGAAAGGGACCCCACAUUGAUGCGCCACGUGUGGGCAUCACCUUGGGUCAAAAUGCCACUUUUGCCGCGUCAGAGGAGCUGCCUCAGCCUGAUGGACGUGUUUACCUGCGACUGGCCGAUGGGAGAGGUUGGGCGUUUGAUGACAGCCAACUCUAUCCACAUGAUCCAGUCGUCACCCGAGGCUUUUGGUCGCCGAUCGGACCUGGCUCCAGCAAGACAGAUCCGAUCGCAGCGUUACAACCUGGUGGCGGCCAGCACGGCCACCCGGCUGGGGCAAGAGGCCCUGGCCUCGGGUUGGAGCCGCCCGGCGGCUUCCCACCCCCGGCCCAUCCCAUGGGCGAUGCUGCGGCACGCGCGGCGCCGAUGGCGCCGCCUGUGGGGCCGCCGCCCCCGGCGCCGGGGUUGCCGCAGCACGUGCCCUGCGGCGGCUUUGGGCAGCUGGGGCUGGGUGCGCUAGGCACCGGUGAAGAGCACCGCGCGAUUCCAACGCGCAUCGCCGACUGGCCGAAUCGCUUCGAUCGUGCGCCGGGGCCGCCUGGCCCGGGCCCGGUGGGCCCGGUGGGCCCGGCCGGACAUCUCUUUAGUUGAGACUAUGUCAGGCUGGUUGGUGUUCGGCACUGGGUACA